CUGCUUGGCAAUUUAUCCCUUCCCCCGGUUUCUGAUUUUGGUAUUCACAGAAAGGCAGAGUCUUAUCCACAAUCAAGAGCAGAAAUUCCCCAACUGAAACAGCGCCAGAGCUACAAUGGCGAUGCUCUGUGCUUCCUCCUCUACAGCCACCUUCUAUUUACAUUCCACUAUCAACAAUGGAGCCACGAGUAACAGAGGCAUUCCCAGAAAGUCACUUGUUGCUGGUUUCCCACUCCCAUUUUCGAAAUCUUCUUUUCUUCAAACCCAGACCGCGAUUACUCUGAACUCCAAGCCGGAGAGUUCGGUCCUUCAACUGCGGGCUCAGGAGCUCGAUCGCGUCCCUUUAGAGCAGCGGUGGAUGUUCGAAGGCGACGAACUCGACGGCCCUGACAUAUGGAAUACAACAUGGUACCCGAAGGCUGCUGAUCAUGUUAACACAGAAAAAACCUGGUAUGUGGUUGAUGCCACUGAUAAGAUUUUGGGAAGGCUAGCUUCAACUAUUGCCAUUCAUAUCCGAGGGAAGAAUCUACCGACCUACACUCCUAGUGUGGAUAUGGGGGCUUUUGUGAUUGUGGUAAAUGCAGAAAAAGUCGCUGUGUCUGGUAGAAAGAGGACGGAAAAGCUGUACAGGAGGCAUUCGGGGCGACCAGGUGGUAUGAAAGUAGAAACUUUUGAGCAGCUACAGCAGAGAAUUCCUGAAAGAAUUAUUGAGCAUGCCGUUCGUGGUAUGCUUCCUAAAGGGAGGCUUGGAAGAGCACUUUUUAACCACUUGAAGGUUUACAAAGGACCAGACCAUCCACAUGAGGCACAAAAGCCAGUUGAGCUGCCAAUAAGGGACAAAAGGAUAAACAAGGAAAGAUAGUAUGAACUACYAAGAGAAUGCGAACAAAGAAACAAAGCUCUCUUGCUCAUGCUUCAGCUCAACUCGAUUGUCGGUACUCGAUCUGUAAUUUGAUUAGAAAGUCUAGUCUUCUCUGAUAACAUGCUUAGCUUAAGCGACAUUUUCAAAGUUAUUAUUCAGAAGAGGAAAGUCUCAAGUCUUUGUUUUGUUGAAGGUUGUGAUAAUGAUGAUUUUGAUUACAUUUGUUGAUYGUUUUCUCUAUUUGGAUAGUUUUUUCUUAGUGUAGGAAUGGCCAGAUGUCUUAAACAAAGGUGUUUAUCUUA